AUGAGAAUUAUUGAAAAUAAGAAUGAAAAUCUUUGCAUGAAAUAAACAAUAUUGAAUUAAACAAAAGUUUAAAAAUAAGUAAAAGACUAAUUAUAUAUUAGUUAUGGAUUUAGUUAAUGCUGCCUUUUGGGAAUGUGUUGUAUCACUUAAUAUAUAAUUAGUCGUUAAUUUUUAAAUAAUAUAAUGGAUUGGAAGAGUGAGAAAGCAUUUUUAGAACAGGAAACCUAAUUGUUAGAAAUGUAGUUAUUAGAAUUGAGAGAAAGAGAGGAUUCAUAUAAGUUUUUUAAUGAAUCCAUACUUAAUGCAUACAAUUCAAUGUAAAAUGAUGUUCAGAGAUAAAAUGUAUAGGUUUUAUCUUAUAUAAAUUUAGAGCAUUAUUCAUAAGCAAUUACAAUAAACAUUGGAAGAGUUUUCUAAAGACUUGAUUGAAUCAAAAAAUAGGAAUACUGUUAUACUACAAUAAUUGGAGAAAGAAAAUCGAGAAUUAAAAGAUUAAUUAGAAAUAUUAGAAUAUUAAAUUAAAGAAUAGGACAUAGAGUAAAAACGGGAACUAUAAGAAUUUGAAGAAUUAUUUUCAAUAUCUCAGCAGUAACUGGAGCCAAAUAUUAUAAUUGAACAAAAAAGAAAAAGAAAUGAAGACAAAGAAAAUAACAAACCAGAACAUGGAGAAGGUUGUAUAAUAUCUCUAAAGUCAAGAAAUUAAGAAGUAAUAAGAAAAGAAUUGAAUUUAAGUAAUGUAUUGAAUUGUAAAAAUUCCAAUAUAAUGGAAGUCUCUUAAAUAGAUUGGUUAGAUCAAUCAUCUCCUCUUGGACUAUUUCGAUAAUACUAAUUAUUUUAAAGAGGUAGAGAUAAUUCAAUUCAUUCCUAAAGAAUUAUUUCUCAAUUUUCAAAAAGAGAUAUUUUAAGCUAAAGGAAAAGCAAAGAUUCAGUCAGUCCAUCAUACAUUAAAGAUGAAGGAAAUAUUAAUAAUACUAUUACUUCAAAAAGUUAAUUAUCUAAUAAUGAAAUGAGAUUAAUAACCCAUAAAUAAUUACCGGAAAAAGAUAAUUAUAAAUAAGAAAACUAUUCAAAAGGAAAAAAUUAGAAAAGAUCACUUGAUGAAUUUACUAGAUAAUUAAAUUCAUUCAAAUCUACCUAGACUUUUUCUAAAGUCUAUAGGCAAAGUUAAUUAUCUUGA